AUCACAGAACUGAUUGCUCAAAGAUCAUAUCUUUAAGGACAGACAGCCACUGUCUGGUGAGCGUAUACCAGUCUAAGUUCAGUUGGGGAUUGGCUCUUGCCUCGAAUGGGAGUAAUGUGGCUCCAGUUUAUUGCGAUUCUGCUGUUUCUGCCGCAUCAAAGCAGAGAGCAGGAGAUAAACUUUACGCUGCCCGAGCAGCUUGCAUUGUUUCUGGACCGGAUUGGAGACGUGCACCGCCUGCAAGCCAUCAGCAUUGUCAAUAGCAGAGACUCCAUCAGCCCCGACUAUCUGGAUGGCCUUCAUCGGCAGCUUAGAGCCAAUGCUAGCAUGCACUUCCAACUGCUGCCCCAAAUGACGGGCACAGAUGUGGACGCCCAUGUGUGUUUCAGUGCCCUCCAGGAUGAGGAUACGCUGUAUGUGGUGUUUGCAAGGCACUCGAGGGACCCAGUGAUCCAAUUGCAGGCGAAACGAGCUCGAGGACGCCGCUACAGCAAGACGUUGUUUCUGCUGAAGGAGCACGAAUCACUUCCCGUUUUGGGGGAGUUCUUCAAGCUGCUCUGGCAGUUGCAAUUUCGCUCCGCUCUGGUGGUUACGGCACAGCGAUGGGCUUACCAGAUGGAUCCCUAUCCCAAGAUGAAAAUAAAACGCAUGAAAGAAGUCUCCUCGUACGAUCUGGAGGAGAUCUUUCCCAAACCCAAUCGCAAGAACUUCAACGGCUACGAGCUGCAUCUGGCCGUGCAGCUGGAUAUUCCGAACAGCUUCUGGUGGCGAGAUCCGCGCAACCAACAAUUGCGGUUGGACGGAGCGGGUGGAAAAAUUAUUAAUGAGCUGAUGGCCAAACUGAAUGUCACCCUGAAGGUGCAUCCCCUGUUGGUGAAUGGGUCGCGGUGGCUAAAUAUGCCUGCCAUUAUCGACUUGAUAGCCAGCAAUCGCAUGGAGCUGAGUUCCCAUUUGUGCGACACGCUGCAGGCAUCCACAGAGGUGGAUUACUCCUAUCCAGUACGGCUGACGAGUCGUUGUUUUAUGAUACCCCUGGACAACCAGAUCUCUCGAACUCUGUACGUCUUGCUGCCCUUCCAAUGGUCCGUGUGGCUGAGUGUCCUGUUGAUCCUGCUCGUGCUGCACUUUUUCGGCGUCCGUUGGCUCGUGCCGGACUCCCAGUUGUGGGCGUUAAUCGGAGUCCCCGGCUGGCGCCUCAGUAGAUCUCACCACCAUAGUAUACUCAACACUGUGACCUGCUACCUGGUGCUCUUUGGGGUCUGUUUGAUCUGCCAGUUGUAUUCCACGAAGCUGACAUCUUUCCUGACGGUGACGCUCAGCCAUAAGUUGCCCAGCAGCUUGGACGAGAUUCUCCGGCUGCCAUUCCCCAUUCUCGCACUACCCUUGGAUGUGGAACUCAUUGUGGGUACCUUUGGCCAUGCGGAGGAGUUCCGGCGGAUGUUCAGCGUAACGGAUGCCCAGACCUUCGCGACGCGUCGCAUUAACAUGGAUCCGGGCUACAUCUAUCCGAUUAGCAGCUUUCGCUGGUUUUUCUACAGCGUCCAGCAGCGCUACCUGAAGACCAAGCGCUUCUAUUUGUCGUCGCUGUGCCAUGGGACCUUUGCGGCUCAGUUCCAGCUGCGCAUCGACUCCCAUUUCAAGGAUCCACUGCAUCGUUUUGCACUGCAUGUGCAGGAGGCGGGCCUGCUGUUUGUGUGGAUGAAAGAGAGCUAUCAGAGUGCACGCCUCGGCGGCUACAUUCAGGAAUUCACCAGCGCCGAGGAGUUUCUGGACGAUAUUCGUCCGUUGGCCUUCAAUCUGCUGGCCCCAGCCUUUAGUUUGUUUAUAAGCGGCCUUUUGGUCAGCCUUGUGGUCUUUCUGGUUGAGAUUCGACCGCAUUCCUGUGCUCGAAGGAGUAGUAGAAACAGUAGCUCCCACUAACCGCACCAACCCUUGAACCACUGAACCCUUGAACCCUUGAAGCCAUAACCACUCCAUAUAUAUUUAUGGAUUUUAUAUAUGUAUUUUAUUCAAAUCGGAAACGAACUAAUGCAUUUUACGUAGCCCAUUCCUAACUGCGCGAGCAAAAUCGAUCGGAAACUGAAUUUUUAAUUAACUUUAUGUAUAAUUCGCCAUAUUCCCACCGCCAUCCACCGCGAUCCACCAAUCAAUCGAUCAACGAACUCCAAUUGGAUCUAACAAAAUGAAAAUUACAAUUAAAAAAACCCCCACCCACCCACAUCGAUCGU